AUGCUGGGCCUGGUGCGGGCCGUGCGACGGGCGGCGAUCCCCGGACGGCUCCCGGCGCCCCGGCGAGAGGACGGCGGUACCGGAGUACGGCCCUGGGGCUGGGGGCUGGCGCUGGGGCUGGCGCUGGGGGUGAAGGUGCCGACGCCGGCGGGCUGCGAGGCUGACGGCGGGCAGGAGGCGGAGGCUGAUCCGCUGCCGCCCCCUCGGGGCUUCGGCGCGGCCAUCGAGCGGAGCAGGGAUCUGCUGCGGAGGAUCAAGGAUGAAGCAGGAAUCCCAGGUAUACUGGUUGGAGUUUCGGUAGAUGGAAAGGAAGUCUGGUCAGAAGGCUUGGGUUAUGCUGAUGUAGAGAAUCGUGUAGUGUGUAAACCAGAGACCAUCAUGCGAAUUGCCAGCAUUAGCAAAUGUCUUACAAUGAUGGCUGUUGCUAAGCUGUGGGAAGAGGGUAAACUGGAUUUAGAUGCCCCAGUGCAGAAAUAUGUCCCUGAAUUUCCAGAAAAAGUCUACGAGGGUGAGAAGGUUGCUAUUACUACAAGACUGUUAGUUUCACACUUGAGUGGCAUUCGACACUAUGAAAAGGAUAUUGCAAAAGUUAAGGAAGAAAAGGAAAAGGCAAACAGAGCAGUUAAACUAACAAAACCCUACCAGGAUAAAGAACAAAAAGAAAAAGAAGGCAAAGGGAUUGGGAAGACUGAGUGUGACAAGCCAAGGAAAGAACAUGAUGGUGAGGUAAAGAGCCGAAGUUCAAAACCUGGCAGGAGAGACAAGGAAUUUGAGCAAGAAGAGUAUUAUUUGAAGGAAAAAUUUGAAAGUGUGAUUGAAUCACUGAAGAUAUUUAAAAAUGAUCCUUUAUUUUUUAAACCAGGUAGUCAGUUCUUGUAUUCAACGUAUGGCUUUACUCUCUUAAGUGCUGUUGUGGAGAGAGUUUCAGGACAAAAAUUUACAGAUUACAUGCUAAAAAUGUUUCGUGAUUUGGAUAUGUUGUCAACUGUACUAGAUGACAAUGAAGCAAUGAUAUAUAACAGAGCAAGGUAUUAUGUUUACAACAAAAAGGGACGGUUGGUCAACGCACCCUACGUGGACAACUCUUACAAAUGGGCUGGUGGUGGCUUUCUGUCGUCAGUAGGUGACCUUCUUAAAUUUGGAAAUGCCUUGUUAUACAGUUACCAAGUUGGACAGUUUAAAAACACUAAUGGCAAACUUCUUCCUGGGUACCUCAAACCAGACACAGUCACAAUGAUGUGGACCCCAGUGCCAAAAACAGAAGUGUCGUGGGACAGGGAUGGUAAAUAUGCGAUGGCUUGGGCUGUAGUGGAGAAAAAACAAGAAUAUGGCUGUUGCAGACAGCAGAGACACUAUGCAUCUCAUACAGGUGGUGCUGUGGGGGCAAGCAGUGUCCUCCUAAUUCUUCCUGAAGAGCUGAACCCUGAAGCUAUAGAGACUGGGCUGGUGGUACCACCUAGAGGAGUAAUUGUUACUAUAAUCUGUAAUAUGCAAUCAGUUUCACUCAACAGCACUGCCUUAAAGAUUGCAAGGGAAUUUGAUAAACAAAAAUGGGCACAAUUUAUAGAUUAAAGAAAGAGACAUGUAAGUGAACUCACUGUACUGAAAUGUGAAAAGCAGAUGGAGAAAGGGAUUCAUUGGACUUUGAGAUCACUAAGAAUGCAUAAAGAAGAAGCAUAAAAAAUCCAUUUGAUUAACUUCUGCUAGUGGUGCUAAACUUAUGUGUAACUGGAAUUAAUCUCUCAGGGAAGUUCCUAACUUACAGAAAAGGAAAAUGUAAGUAAAAUUUUACUUCCUGUAGUACCUUUGUACAGUAUCAUUAUAGUAGCAGGUUUUUUUACUCAUCUUGCCAAGCACUUGACUAAGAUUAAUGUAAGUAGCAUUGGUUUAUUGCAAUGAGAUGUACAGCUAGAAAUUACCUACCUUAAAUAUUGAACUGUUGCAUAAUUUGAUUUCUUGAUUUGAACACACGAAGAUGUAAUACAUCAAUAUCACAGUUCCAGUUGGCAAAAACUGUUUAGUAUUACUCUUUAAAGAGAAAUUAUUUUAAUGUCAUUUUUUUAUAUUUUCACAUAGUUCUUUUCUUACUUGCUUAAAAAGAAAAAACAAAACAAACAAACCCCAACCCAACAAAAACCAACAAAACCCUAAGCUUGAAGCUACCUCCUGAAUGCAGGAGGUACCAGUAGUACACUUCUUUCAGAGCUCUGGGUUGUUAAGAGUUAUAAAAGAAUGAAGCUAGAGCAAGUAAAAAUGGUUUUGUUAUUCAUAUGUCCUUUCAGUUUUUAUUGGACACAAAGAAUGUGUGAAAUUAGUGUGAAAUAAGGGUAUUAUUUUCAUGGUUGAAUGUGCCCAAAUAGCACAGCACUGUGAGCUGUCAAACUGUCUCACUGGUUUUCAACAAUACCCAUGCCAACUUUGGUUGCCAGAAAUGUCACUGUAUACUGUAACGUAGAUAUUUUUGUAGAUACAGGAAUUAAGAACUCAAAUUAAAGCCCAUUCUUGAAGUCAGUAGUAGAAGUCUCACAGACUUUGAGAGGAUUGUAUGGAAAACCACCCUUUUUUCCAUUUGCAGCCCUGCCUCAAGGAGUUACUUGUGCACAAAGUUGAACAGGAAAUUGUAAUGAGUUUCAAAGAAGCAUUUUCUAUCUUUACUUUUACUAUGGGAAUACAAUAACAUAUGAAUAUAUUUAUUUUAUAUGUUCCAUAAUGGCAUGGAAGAGAUCCCUGAGCUCCAAAUCUACCCUCACCUCAUUUCCCCUGCAGUUACAUCAGUAUUUCCAGGCUUUACCUGCCUCUUUCCCAAGUUAGUGUUAUUAGUAUUAAUUUUGUAGCUGUUACUUGCCCUGUGAUAAAAUAUGUCAGCUCUGUUCUCAGUAUGCCCAUGGUAACAUUUAUUAACUGAGAUUGACAAACCAAGAAACUUAGUAUUUGGAGCGAUCAGUGUUUUUACCUACAUUUUUAAUUGAAGAUAGCAAGACUGGUGUUGUACCCUUCAUAAUUAUAAUCAUUCUUGUGCCUUAAAACAGAAAAAGCUUACACCUGAACUAUUUGCUUGGGGUUGUUUUGGCCCACUCACCACAACUUUUUUUUUUUAAUUAAUAAUGGAUUGUCUUUAUCUCAAGAUUAUCAGAUCUGUAGAGACAACAGAGACCCUUUCUGAACAAACUUUCAUUUGGUUGGGCAAUGAAUUAUUUGCUCUUCCACUGAAGCAGCUGCUGUUGUUUGACAGUUCCAAUACACAAGUACUGGAGGUGAGCAUCUUCUACAAUAGAAACUUCUUUUUUUUUCCAGCCUUGAGCACCUGCUAGCUGGGUAAACAUGGAGCAGCAGAACUCACUGCCUGUUUUACACAGGAAAUGAGAGUUAGGUUAGCUGACUUCUCAUGUUGGAGAAUACACAAAUAGAAAUAGACCAAAUACAAUGUUUUAAAUACAGAAAAUCUAAAAAAGCACCACUUAUUUUAGGAUUUUUAUAUACUUGUAUAAUGAAUCUGUUUUGCACAUGGCAUUUAUUGUUCUUGAAAACCAUUUUUCAUACUUGAAGGAAAACAAGUUUAACUCACUGAUUUGUGCUUGGGUUUAGACAGAGAUUCAAAAUGUAUAAGGUGUAGGUUUACCAUUAUGCUUGUCUGCAAAUGACCAAACAUUAAUAAACCUAAAUAUCUGAAGUAA